CGAGAAGUCACGAUAGGAUUCCAUUUACUAGCUGGUAGUAUCCAAUUUUGUCGAUUUGUCGAAGUAUUGCUUAUUCUUGCAACAAACGAAGCCCACGAUGAACACAACGUCCACAUUAACCACAACAAGCCUUCCUUGUAUGUCGUUGGCUGCAGAACUGAAUAAUCAGCUUGUCGAAAGCAUUCUCCGCGGCGAAGACUCCAAUGUCGUUUGUUGCUACUUCAAGAGUGCCUUUACAGCCUUGGAUAUCUCAAUCAACGACCCCAUCAUUGCAAACCUGGCGAAUUCUGGCAAUGGAGCAGUUGAGGGGGGCGCCUCCAGUACCGGUACGAUCAAUUAUCCUGCGCCUGAAGCCCUGCCUGGAAUAGCUUCCUUAGGUAUCUCUUUGAAUGACUCCGGCGGUGCAAACGUUUCGAAUUGUCAUUAUGAUGCCCGUGUCAACAAGGAUGGUGUCGCCCCAUCACCGCCUCCACAUACCGGUAGUCAAUGGAUAGCAACCGCAAUCCCUGGAAUGGCUGAUACUGGCUUCUACAUUGCCAAUCAAGCUGUCAGCUUCAAAUUGGGUGAUCAAGGAAACACUGUAUGCCCAAAUGCCACUGGUCUGUUUCUGCUCUUCAAUAUGGCAAUAGCCCUACAUUCUGACGGCUUGAAGCAAGGGGACAACAACAAGCUAGACCAGGCUUGUGUUUUCUACACCACUUGCAUCCAGUUUUUAACCAAGGGUAGCUUUCAAUACAGGGACAAGGAAUUGGUAAAUACGAUUGCUUUGUUUUGCUUCAACAAUGCCGCACAGGUGUUGUAUCGAUGUUUGAAUUCCCCAGAUGUUGCAGCUUCAAUACUGAGAUCCAUGGAGUCUUUCAUGAGCAAAUACAGAUGCAAUGUAUCCCAGGAAAUCCUCAGCAAUAUUUUGGCAAACGCUGUGCUGAUCCCAACUUCUCCAUUGAGAGCCGCCAAUGCAGCCUAGUUGCCACCUCCACUGCCUUUCACCCAACAAGCCCACACUGGUGGCAACUCAUCAAUGGACCAUCCAACAGUGCACACGAUUCGAUUCAUAUCUAUUCAGAGACGACUGCACACAAUGCAUCGCGUUUAAACUAAUAGGACCGCCUCAGUUACGGUACUCGCGCACACAGUCCGUUGCUCAAAGCAGUCACUUUUACUACCCACUAG